CUUCACGCUGCACGGUGAUUCGCUAGCUCGCUGGGAGCGGUUUUCAUUGGUCGAUGGACAGCCGGAAGUGCUCGGUCCGGUGCCGUUAGUUCUCCGGGUGUCAUCCAACAUGGCGGCGCCGGUUGUCAGGUCCGUGGUCUUCGUGACUGGAAACGCGAAAAAGCUCGAAGAGGUCGUUCAGAUCCUUGGAGACAAGUUUCCCCUCAAACUAGUGUCCCGGAAGAUUGACUUGCCGGAGUACCAGGGGGAGCCCGAUGACAUCUCCAUCCACAAGUGUAAGGAGGCUGCACGGCAGGUGGACGGGCCAGUGGUCGUGGAGGACACCUGCCUGUGUUUCAGGGCUCUGGGCGGCCUGCCUGGUCCCUACAUAAAAUGGUUCCUGGAUAAACUCCAGCCAGAAGGCUUGUACAAACUGCUGGCCGGGUUUGAGGAUAAAUCCGCGUGGGCUCUGUGCACCUUUGCUUUCUGUGCUGGGAGAGAUGAACCCGUGCUGCUGUUCAGAGGGAAAACCCAGGGACACAUUGUGGAACCCCGAGGACCGCGGGACUUUGGCUGGGAUCCCUGUUUCCAGCCCGAGGGAUAUGACAAAACCUACGCUGAACUCCCCAAAGAGGUGAAGAACACCAUCUCCCACCGGUACCGGGCGCUCGCUGCCAUGUCGGAGCACUUCUGCCUGAAAGAGGACCACUCACCUCAGGACCAGAAGAAGAAGAAGCUGCAGGACGAUUAAAGAGUAAAAUAUCCAAGCUCAACUCCGAGGAGGAUGAAUCUGUGGUUAAUGUGCUGCAGGGUCCUUCAUGGAAAAAUAAAACUUCUGUAAACAAACCCUU